AUGACUACCAGGUAUCGCGUUGAAUACGCCCUCAAGUCUCACCGUCGGGACCAAUUGAUUGAGUGGAUUAAGGGCCUUCUGGCGGUUCCCUUUGUGCUACACUCCCAGCCCACCACUAUCCAACUGGAGCACGGCGAACGCCUCGCCGAAGUCGCUCAAGACACUCAUCAGCGCUACGCAGAGAUCUUCAGGGAUGUCGAAGGUCUCCUGAACGAUCACAUCCAACAUGAGCGAGAAGAAGCCGCCGGCAAAUCGAAACUAAGACUCCUUGUCCCAUCGGUUGGCACGUUCUUCACGAACCUCUACCUCGAAGAGGCGUUCAAGUACCAGGACCGCCAGCGCUACAUCAGCCGACGCCGAUUCGUUGCGCCCUCCUUCAACGACGUCCGACUAAUCCUCAAUUCCGCCCAGCUGCUCGGUCUCGUCCGGAACAAGGGGCUACAGCUCGUCACCUUUGAUGGAGACGUGACCCUCUACGACGACGGCGAGUGUCUCGCCGACGAUAACCCCGUCAUUCCACGCAUCCUCAGACUCCUCCGUCAGAACAUCAGAGUCGCGAUCGUGACUGCUGCCGGCUACACUGACGCUGCAAAGUACUACGAGCGGCUCAAGGGUCUACUUGAUGUAAUGCACAGCUCCACGGAGCUCUCAGAGAAACAGAGAUCCAAUCUCGUCGUUAUGGGCGGCGAAGCGAACUAUCUCUUCCGCUACGAUUCCGAGUCCCCGCACAAGCUGAAGCACGUCGAUCGGGAAGACUGGCUCCUCCCGGAGAUGAAAUCCUGGAACCAGGAGCAUGUUACGAAACUAUUGGAUAUUGCCGAGUCUUCGCUGCGCGCUUGUGUAGCGAAUCUUAACCUCUCAGUCUCGGUGCUCCGAAAAGAUCGCGCGGUCGGCGUGUUCCCGCAGAAAAAGGGUCAGCUGCUGCGAGAGCAACUGGAGGAGACUGUGCUUGUGGUGCAAAAUACAGUCGAAAGAUCCGAAGUCGCGAACCACCUUCCCUUCUGCGCUUUCAACGGCGGCAACGACGUCUUCGUCGACAUCGGCGACAAGUCGUGGGGUGUGCGUGCCUGCCAGCGCUACUUCGGCGGCAUUGAUGCUGCACACACACUCCACGUCGGAGACCAGUUUUUGUCAGCCGGAGCGAAUGAUUUCAAGGCCCGACUCGCCUCGACAACGGCCUGGAUCGCGAGUCCGGCGGAGACGGUUGUUCUUCUUGAUGAACUGGAUAGUCUUCAGAAUCCGGUUGCUGAUUCACCUGCAUCAUAA